AUGCGCACGCUGGGGGAGCUCGCUCUGCUUGUCGGGCUUGAGCAUGCACUGCAUUGCGAGUCCUUCAAGGACCUUCCCUCGGGAUUGCGCCUGUGGGAGGAGGUGACGCCAAUGGUGCCCAUUACCGCCGCGUUGUUGCGCAAGUUUGACCUCCAUCUUCUACUGGAGGACAACCGGACGCUGGGCGGAGCGAGAGGGGUUCACCGCGACGCACUCGAGCUGCUGGGCCAGUACGAGAAAGAGCAGCGACGCAGUGCCGCUGAGGCCGACGCCCACGUGGGGCUGCGGUCGCUGUGCGUGCGCGCCGUGCACCCGAAGCCCAAGGGCAUGCACGGUCUCCUGGCGCCCUUUCGCCAGUUGCGCUCGUUGUCCCUGCACGUCUUCAUCAAGCCCGACGAUCUGCGCUGCCUGCGAGGCAUGGCCCAACUGAGGCGCCUUGACCUCUCCAAGUCCUCGCUCUGCGACAAGGGCAUGACGUACCUGGCGAUCGCAUCGCUCGAGGAGCUCUCGAUUGCCGAAUGCAAGAUGGCCACCGAUGUGGGAAUGCUGACGCUCACCCAGAAGAAAGAUGUGUUGACCAAGCUUCGGGUGCUCGACAUCGCCAGGACCAAGUUCACCCCUAAGGCGCUCAUCACAGUCUCGGAGCUGGCUUCCCUUGAGGCGGUCAAUGCCGCUUGCACGGACCUCGAUGACCGCGCCUUUUUGCGCUGGACUCGAACCCUGCGCCUGACCCACCUCAACAUUCACGCCACGCUGGUCACCGGAGAGAGCUUUCGUCACAUCACUCGGAUGAACCACCUUCGCUACUUGGACAUGUCAGGCAUCUUUUCGGGCACCCAGCACAGCCCCCAUGGCGUUUUCGCUGCUCCGCGUUUGGAAUACGCGGACGUAUCGCAUUCGCUGCCCGGUAGCUUUUGGGGCUGCGACCGGAAGACGUCAAACCGCUUGCGCGUGGUGGUCGGCUCCAAGCCCGUCAAUCGCCGGCGUGUGCACGUUCUGGAUGCGCGUGAAGCGCCCAGAGACAGUGGAGUGUGCUUGGCGCUCCAAACGGGCGUGUGCGAUGGCGACGAGGACUUGGCCGAUGCCGCGAUCAAGCUGCUGAAUUGCAACCUCACGCCGGGCAUCGACAUCUACGACGAUUCAAACUUUGAGGGGUUUGUUGCCUCGCUGGCAGCCGUUAGCUUGGGCGGGCGGCGGCGAUCGCGCCGGUCCCAAGCGAAAGGAGUGCUCAGGAAGCCCAAGUUUGCCAACAAAAAGGAGCGCUACGACCACUUCAAGCUCAAGGCCGAGGCAGGCCGUCAUCUCCUCGAGGAGUAUUUUCUGCGUCGCGUCCAGGCCAGACCGCCCGCUCUUACACCACUUCCUCCACGCGCGGCCGUCGGCCUGAGGUUCUUUGCGGCGGCCCACCUUAACUACUUCCGCGAGAGGCAAAGCAAGCUCGUGUGCGACAGAGGACCUGAAGAACUCCUGCGGUACAUUGGAACCGAUUUUCGAUGCGGCCUCUCGCUCACCGAAAUCGACAUGUUGGCCAAGAACGUGAUGGUCUACCUAAACGAGCUCUUCACUCGCCUCCGAACCGGCAAGGGACACGAAGCCUUGCAGGUGUCCGAAGACUAUGCCAAGUCGCCCGACAGCUCGGCCUCAGGCGACCACAAGAGCAACGACGCGAAGAACGACAGAAACAGUGGCAGGACCACCGCAAGCCCGCUCAACCUGGCGAGCCUCACACAGCGCCGCGAGGUGGGCAUGGUGGAACGCGCCGUGCGGCUCCUCGCUCGUCUCGUCGCCGUGGCCGAGGCAUCUCCCAACAGUCGUGUGAUCGAGGUCGUUGUCGAGAGCGGCGGGCUCCGUUUGGCCGUGGACAUUCUGUGGCACUUGGGCAUGGCCGGCGUCAAUGCUGCGCUCUCCCUCGUUUGUAUGCAGAUCAUCGCCGAUCUCGUCACGCAUGCGACCCCUCACCCCAUACGUGUCUGGGGUGACGCCGUCUCGCACUACUCGAGCCUCGACCAUGCCAAGGCGAAGGCGGAUCUAGCCUCCAGCCGGCUAUGGCAGAGCCGCUUGUGCAAGGCGGCGCUGCUCUUCGCUGAUGUCGACUCCGACAUCGGUGAGCUCGUGCUGCGCGCCUUCCCGCUCACGCUUGACUCACUGUCGGUGAGUGGUCUGGGCCAAUUGGUCAUCGGCAAUGUGGCCAACUACGUCAGAGAGCGGCGCCCGACCCGUGCGCGAGACUGGUUCAAGCCGUUCCAAAGGGCAGGCCCCUACACCUCCGAGAUCUUGGUGGCCCUCAGGGAGUCUGAGACCCUGUCGGGGACCGCCUCCACCGCGCCCGAUCGAACGCUACAUCCGCCGUCGGCGUUCUUCGCACACGGCACUGAGAACGCGCUGCGGUUGCUGCUGGCGGCGAUCCUGCGCUCCGCACGCGCGGCGGACACUGUUGGCCAGGAGGCCUGGGUCCGCGAGCGACGAGAGGAGAAAGGCCACGCGUUCUCGGUUGCCGGGGCCUGGGCCAAGGUCGUCGACAGCCACGAGAGGUUCGAGGCCGGCUUCUGGCGGGCCGCCUGCAAGAAGCCUGCGACCGCUCAUGUUCGCGACGACUACACUGCGGACAGCCGUGUCGACGCGGCGGUGCAAGUCCGGUGCGAUCAGUUCGUGGCGUCGUUCGUCGAGGCCGGCGGGGUGGCGCUGCUGGUCGACAUCGUGGAGAGGGCAUCCACGGAGUGCGCGGAGGAAGUCUCAACGACCCCCGGCUGCGGUGAGAGGGAGAGGCGCAUCGCUCUCGCGCUGGUCGAAGUGGGCGGGCAGUACGGGGACCGCAAUUUCGCUCCGCAUCUGGAAUGCGACCGUGGGCAGUGGCACGCGCAGUGGAGCCAAUGGGAGCGCCAGCGCAGGAUCGCGCACGUCGCCGCCGCCCUCCUUCGCGCGCUCGUCGCCACCGAUGACCAUCAGCCGCGCAACGAGGCGCGCAGCAAGGGCAAGGAGAAGGCGGAAGCUGCGGAGAGCUCCCUGCAUCAUCAUCACUCUGGCGCCGAUGACGGCAUGGAGCUCGAUCGUGAGCCUGAUGUGCCGCUGACCAGCCUCGAGCCGGGUCCAGGCAUGGACCGCCUGCUGGCCCGGGCGCUGUCGCUCCACGCCACUCGCGCCGACACCACCUCCACCGCUGCUGCCGCGUGGGAGGACGAAGUAGGCCUGCGUCCCUACCUCGACAUCAAGCGCGCCAAGAAGGCGACCGAGGCCAAGAACCGGCUACGACGGCUCAAGAAGAAGCAGCGCAAGCAGCCUCAUCCCGCGCCAUCGCGGGCGUAG